ACGGCUAACACCCACUUCGCCGCAUCAUCUUUCUCUUUCCACCCUCUAGAAAAAAAGAUCGCCUUCGAGUUAUUGACAGAGUUGUCGACACCAACGCUGCCGGCUCCGCAUACCUGGCGCGCGCUCUUUAUCGCACUUUCUCUCUCCUCUUCACUCGAUCUGCUACCAUCUCCUCAAUUUCAGCCCCAAUUCAACUUCUUCCCUUUCUCUCUCCUAAUCUUCCACUUCCCAAUUCGACUCACCACUGAAUUCUCUCUCUUCAAUCCACGCAAGUUCCUCAAUAUCUGCUCCAUUUCUAUUGGUAAUUGAAUUCGAGUCCAAUUUGAUCGGACUUGAUUUCAAGAAUUUGAUUUUUUUGAGCAAGAAUCAUCAUCGUUAAUGGUGAAAUUGAGAAUUAUUGAUUGAAUUUGUGAAAAGAAAAUCAAUCAACCUGGAGAAGAUUCAAGGGGGCUGUAAUCAGAAGAACUGGGGGCGAAUCAGUCUCGGCAAAGACCGGCAAAUGCCGGUUUAGGGUUCUGGUUUCUACGCUCCAAUGUCCCCAAAGCUCACACUUUAGAAUACCUUCCACAAAUGGACUUUGUAAGCCGACAUUCCGCCACCUCAUCAACUGCCACUGCCUCCGCUGAUCAUCACCGCCACCCAGAACCUUCCUCGUUGCCUACGUCUUCUGCCCCUCAUGUUGCCGAGGAGCCGGAGUACUUGGCUCGGUAUUUAGUGGUUAAGCAUUCGUGGCGAGGGCGAUACAAGAGGAUUUUGUGCUUCUCAAAUGUGGGCAUUAUAACACUUGAUCCUUCGACGUUGUCGGUGACGAAUUCAUAUGAUGUUGGGAAUGAUUUCGAAGGGGCGUCCCCGAUUUUGGGACGGGAUGAGAACUCUGUUGAGUUUAAUUUGAAUGUUAGGACUGAUGGGAAGGGCAAAUUUAAGUCUAUGAAGUUCUCUUCGAGGCAUCGAGCGAGUAUUUUGACGGAGCUACAUAGGAUUAAGGGGUUCAAGGUUGGUGCUGUGGCUGAGUAUUCCGUGCUUCAUCUUCGGAGGCGUAAUUCGGAGUGGGUUCCUUAUAAACUAAGGAUUACAGCAAUUGGAGUUGAACUUGUUGACUUAAAGUCUGGGGACCUUCGUUGGUGCUUAGAUUUCAGAGAUAUGAGUUCCCCUGCAAUUAUUCUUCUGUCUGAUACCUAUGGGAGAAAAGGUGGUGAGCAUGGCGGUUUUGUGCUUUGCCCACUAUAUGGAAGAAAGUCGAAAGCUUUUCAAGCUGCUUCCGGGACGUCAACCAAUGUGAUAAUAUCAAACCUGACAAAAGCUGCGAAAACAAUGGUGGGAGUAUCACUUUCUGUGGAUAGUUCACAAUCACUCUCUGCUAUUGAGUUUAUCAAGCAAAGGGCCAAGGAGGCAGUUGGAGCAGAUGAAACCCCCUGUGGAGGUUGGUUGGUGACAAGACUCAGAACGGCUGCUCAUGGAACCGUAAAUCUUCCGAGUCUGAGUUUAGGGAUUGGGCCAAGAGGAGGGCUUGGGGAUCAUGGUGAUGCUGUAUCACGUCAAUUGAUUCUUACAAAAGUUUCAUUGGUUGAGAGGCGGCCAGAGAAUUAUGAGGCUGUCAUUGUACGUCCAUUAUCUGUUGUCAGUGCUCUUGUUCGAUUUGCUGAGGAGCCUCAGAUGUUUGCAAUUGAAUUUAAUGACGGUUGCCCUAUUCAGGUCUAUUCAAGCACAUCUCGUGAUAGCUUGCUUGCUGCAGUUCGUGAUCUGUUGCAGACUGAAGUUCAAUGUGCGAUACCUGUUCUUCCACGUUUAACAAUGCCUGGUCAUCGCAUUGACCCGCCUUGUGGGAGAGUUCAUCUGCUGAUGUUGCAACAUCCUGCUGCUGAUAUUGAAAGUGCAUCAAUGCAUUUGAAACACCUUGCAGCUGCUGCAAAAGAUGCUGUUGCUGAAGGCGGUUCCAUUCCUGGUUCAAGAGCUAAAUUAUGGCGCAGAAUUAGGGAAUUCAAUGCUUGUAUUCCAUAUAGUGGAGUGCCUUCAAACAUUGAUGUACCAGAAGUAACGUUGAUGGCCUUAAUAACAAUGUUGCCUGCCACACCAAAUCUUCCUCCAGAGUCCCCACCCUUGCCCCCACCUUCUCCCAAAGCAGCUGCAACAAUUACUGGAUUUGUAUCAUGUCUACGUAGAUUGUUGGCUUCCAGAAGUGCAGCUUCUCAUGUCAUUUCAUUUCCUGCAGCUGUUGGAAGAAUAAUGGGUCUGCUUAGAAAUGGUUCUGAAGGUGUAGCUGCUGAAGCUGCCACCCUUGUUGCAUUGUUGAUUGGUGGCAGUCUCGGUGACACUAGUGCAUUGGCCGACACAAAGGGAGAGAGGCAUGCGACUUUUAUGCAUACAAAGUCUGUGUUAUUUGCCCAUCACAGUUACGUAGUCAUUCUUGUCAAUAGAUUGAAACCCAUGUCAGUUUCACCAUUGCUGUCUAUGGCGGUAGUUGAGGUUCUAGAAGCUAUGAUAUGUGAACCGCAUGGAGAAACUACCCAGUAUACAGUGUUUGUGGAACUACUACGGCAAGUUGCUGGGUUACGGCGUCGCCUUUUUGCCUUGUUUGCACAUCCUGCCGAAAGUGUGAGAGAGACAGUUGCAGUCAUCAUGCGCACAAUAGCUGAGGAAGAUGCCAUUGCUGCUGAGUCCAUGCGUGAUGCAGCUUUGCGAGAUGGUGCUUUGUUGAGGCACUUGUUGCAUGCUUUUUUUCUUCCUACAGGUGAGCGGCGAGAAGUUAGUCGACAGCUUGUAGCUCUGUGGGCUGAUUCUUAUCAACCUGCUCUUGAUUUAUUGUCGAGAGUCCUGCCGCCAGGGCUUGUCGCAUAUCUGCAUACACGUUGUGAGGAGGUUGAAGAUUCACAUGAUCUGAAUGAUCUAUUAAGCACUUCAAUCAGUAGGAGACAGAGACGGUUACUUCAACAAAGGAAGCGCCGAACUAUGAAAUCCUCAAUAACCGAGGAACAUCUUUUGCCGUCUGCAAAUACCAAUGAAAUGGAUGAUUCUACAAAGCAGACAGAUGCCUUUAGGGGCCCUGAUCAGAGACUUUCAUCUGAGAUGCAUGCAGGAGUGCAGUCUACCGUUCACCCAGGAGAAAACUGGAGUGCUGAUAUGACCCCUUCUGCUCCUCAGCACGAUCAUUUAGGUGUUGAUGUGCCAUCUGAUGGUCAAUUAGUCAGUAAUGAUCCUUUUGAUACAGGUGCUUCAAAUCCAGUUGAUUCUGAUGUGAAUAUGGGUGGGCUGCAGAACUCUGGUGUUCCCGCUCCUGCUCAGGUUGUUGUAGAGCAUGCACCUGUAGGAUCUGGGAGAUUGUUGCUUAACUGGCCUGAGUUUUGGCGAGCAUUCAGUCUUGAUCAUAAUCGUGCAGAUCUUAUUUGGAAUGAACGCACUCGGCAAGAGCUUAGGGAGACAUUGCAGGCAGAGGUUCAUCAUUUGGAUGUGGAGAAAGAGCGUACAGACGAUAUUGUUCCUGGAGGUUCAGCCACAGAAAAUAUGGUUGGGCCAAAUAAUGUGCCUCAAUUAUCAUGGAACUACUCUGAGUUUUCUGUUAGGUAUCCUAGCUUGUCUAAAGAAGUUUGUGUGGGUCAAUACUAUCUUCGUUUGCUUCUUGAGAUUGGCAAUAGUGGGAGAGCACAAGAUUUUCCACUUCGUGAUCCUGUUGCUUUCUUUAGAGCGCUAUACCAUAGAUUUUUAUGCGAUGCUGAUGUAGGGCUCACUGUGGAUGGUGCUAUACCGGAUGAACUUGGUAAAUCUGAUGAUUGGUGUGAUAUGGGAAGGCUAGAUGGUUUUGGUGGUGGAGGCGGGUCUUCUGUAAGAGAGCUGUGUGCACGGGCUAUGGCAAUUGUCUAUGAACAGCAUUGCCUCACUAUUGGACCUUUCGAAGGCACUGCUCAUAUAACUGUUCUCCUUGAUAGGACUGAUGAUCGAACCUUGAGGCACCGUUUGCUUCUUUUACUGAAGGUGUUGAUGAAAGCUUUGUCAAAUAUUGAGGCCUGUGUCCUGGUUGGAGGAUGUGUAUUAGCUGUAGAUCUACUGACAGUUGUUCAUGAAUCUUCUGAAAGAACUACCAUUCCUCUGCAAUCUAACCUUAUUGCUGCAACUGCUUUUAUGGAGCCAAUGAAGGAAUGGGUGCUCAUUGACAAGGAUGGUGUUCAAGUUGGGCCAAUGGAGAAGGAUGCUAUUAGAAGGUUGUGGUCAAAGAAAACAAUUGACUGGACAACAAGAUGUCAGGCAGCAGGCAUGACAGAUUGGAAAAAAUUGCGUGAUAUUCGCGAACUUCGGUGGGCGCUGGCUGUUCGAGUUCCAGUUCUCACCCCUACACAGGUAGGGGAGGCUGCAUUAUCCAUUUUGCAUUGCAUGGUUGCUGCCCGGUCAGAUCUAGAUGAUGCUGGUGAGAUAGUCACUCCAACGCCUAGAGUGAAGCGUAUCUUAUCAAGCCCACGCUGUCUUCCACAUAUUGCUCAGGCUAUGCUUUCAGGAGAACCAAGUAUUGUGGAGGCUGCUGCUGCAUUGCUGAAGGCUAUUAUUACAAGAAAUCCCAAAGCCAUGAUACGGUUAUAUAGCACUGGUGCAUUUUAUUUUGCCCUUUCAUACCCUGGGUCUAAUCUUCAUUCCAUUGCGCAACUUUUCCACGUGACACAUGUAUAUCAAGCAUUUCAUGGUGGAGAAGAGGCAGCCGUUUCUUCUUCAUUGCCAUUGGCAAAACGUAGCGUUUUGGGUGGUCUCCUCCCAGAAUCUUUGCUGUAUGUAUUAGAGCGCUCUGGACCAACUGCAUUUGCUGCAGCUAUGGUCUCUGAUUCUGAUACUCCUGAGAUUGUUUGGACCCACAAAAUGAGGGCUGAGAAUCUCAUCCGACAGGUUUUGCAGCAUCUUGGUGACUUUCCUCAGAAGUUGUCCCAGCAUUGUCAUGCACUCUAUGAUUACGCUCCUAUGCCACCAGUUACUUAUCCAGAACUAAGGGAUGAAAUGUGGUGUCACCGUUAUUAUCUCAGGAACUUGUGUGAUGAAAUCCGGUUUCCAAAAUGGCCUAUUGUUGAACAUGUAGAGUUUCUACAAUCAUUAUUGGCAAUGUGGCGUGAAGAGUUGACACGAAAGCCUAUGGAUCUAUCUGAGGAAGAAGCUUGCAAGAUAUUGGAGAUAACUUUUGAGGACUUAUCAGCUGAAAAUUCCCCUAAAAGUUACCUUUCUGAAAUGUCCGAGGAAAAUGGUAGCUUGUCCAAGAAAAUUGAGAAUAUUGAUGAAGAAAAACUGAAACGACAGUAUAGAAAACUGGCAAUCAAAUAUCAUCCCGACAAAAAUCCUGAAGGGAGGGAAAAGUUUCUCGCUGUCCAGAAAGCUUAUGAGCGUCUGCAGGCUUCUAUGCAAGGUUUGCAAGGUCCACAGCUAUGGAGGGUUUUGCUUUUACUGAAGGGACAGUGUAUCUUAUACAGGCGAUAUGGAAAUGUGCUAGAGCCGUUUAAGUAUGCUGGCUAUCCAAUGUUGCUGAAUGCUAUCACUGUGGACAAGGAUGAUAAUAAUUUUCUAUCGUCUGAUAGAGCAUCACUUCUCGUUGCAGCCUCUGAGCUUACUUUCCUCACAUGCGCAUCGUCCUCUUUGAAUGGAGAAGAGCUUGUGAGGGACGGUGGGAUACAGCUUCUUGCGAAUCUUCUUUCUCGUUGUAUGUGUGUUGUGCAGCCAACUACUGCAGCAAGUGAACCCUCUGCGAUUACUGUCACUAAUGUCAUGCAAACAUUUGCUGUUUUGAGCCGAUAUGGGACUGCUAGGGUUGAGAUGCUUCAAUUAGCUGGUCUAAUUGAGGAUAUUGUACAUUGCACUGAACUUGAGCUGACACCUGGAGCGGUUGAUGCUGCUCUUCAGACAGUUGCUCAUCUUUCCGUGUCUUCUGAGCUGCAAGAUGCAUUAAUAAAGGCUGGGGUGCUAUGGUAUCUUUUACCAUUGUUGCUUCAAUAUGACUCUACCGCAGAGGAGAAUGAUGCGACAGAGUCACAUGGCGUUGGUGCCAGUUUUCAAAUUGCUAAAAAUUUGCAUGCUGCUCGAGCAUCUGAGGCCCUGUCGAGGCUAAGUGGUCUAUGUACAGAUGAGGUUCCAGCACCAUAUAAUGAAGCGGUAGUUGUUGCGCUUCAGGCUCUGCUAACCCCUAAGCUGGCUAGUAUGUUGAAGGAACAAACUCCAAAGGAACUAUUAUCAAAAGUAAACUCCAAUUUGGAGUCCCCAGAGAUUAUAUGGAAUUCUUCAACACGGUCUGAACUGUUGACGUUUGUUGAGGAGCAGCGUACUUCACAAGAUCAUGAUGGUUUGUAUGAUCUUAAAGAUUCGCAUGAAUUUGCGUAUACUUCGUUAUCCAAGGAACUCUGUGUUGGCAAUGUUUACUUGAGGGUCUAUAAUGACCAACCGGAUUUUGAGAUCAGUGAACCAGAAGGAUUUUGUAUUGCCCUAGUUGAUUUUAUUUUUUCUCUAGUACAUGAGCAAAACCCUUCAGCUUCUCUACUUCAGAGUAUUGAAGAUGUGACUGCCUCCAGAGAUACAAAAUCUGAAUCAGCAAAUGAAAUGGAAGAUCAGUUUCAUGAAGAGCAGUCUGGUCCUAAUGAUUCUUUAGUUAUGUCGGAUGCAAAGGUUUCAGAGGAAGAUGAAUCAAGUCCGCUGAAGAAACUACGGUCUGCGUUGACUUCGCUUAAGAACCUGCUGACUAGUAAUCCAAAUUUGGCUUCUGUAUUUUCAACUAAGGAAAGGCUGUUGCCUAUAUUCGAAUGCUUUUCUGUUUCUGAUGCAUCCAAUACUGGAAUUUCUCAACUAAGCUUAAAUGUGCUGUCUCUCUUGACUGCCUAUGCUCCCUGUUUAGAAGCUAUGGUUGCUGACGGAUCUAGUCUUCUUCUCCUACUCCAAAUGCUCCAUUCUUCUCCAAGCUGUCGUGAAGGGGCUCUUCAUGUUCUUUCAGCCUUGGCAAGCACCUCAGAACUUGCAUGGGCAGCAGCAAAGCAUGGUGGAGUAGUUUACAUCCUUGAAAUUUUGCUGCCGUUGCAAGAAGAAAUGCCCUUGCCACAGAGAGCUGCAGCCGCCUCUUUGUUAGGAAGGCUUGUUGGGCAGCCAAUGCAUGGGCCUCGUGUUGCUAUAACUUUGGCAAGGUUCUUUCCAGAUGGUCUGGUAUCAAUUAUUAGAGAUGGUCCUGGUGAAGCUGUUGUUUAUGCCCUUGAUCAAACAACUGAGACACCAGAACUUGUCUGGACACCUGCUAUGGCAGCUUCCUUAUCUGCGCAAAUUGCAACUAUGGCUUUAGAUUUGUAUAAGGAACAGAUGAAAGGCCCAGUUAUUGACUGGGAUGUACCUGAACAAGCAUCCGGCCAGCAAGAAAUGAGAGAUGAGCCACAGGUUGGAGGAAUAUAUGUUCGACUAUUUUUGAAGGAUCCCAAGUUCCCUCUUAGAAAUCCAAAAAGAUUCUUAGAAGGACUACUUGACCAAUAUGUUUCGUCUGUGGCCGCUACACAUUAUGACACACAGGCUUCUGACCCUGAACUCCCUCUGCUUCUCUCUGCUGCACUUGUAUCUCUGCUGCGAGUACACCCUGCCCUUGCAGAUCAUGUAGGAUAUCUUGGGUAUGUGCCAAAACUCGUUGCUGCAAUGGCUUAUGAAGGAAGGAGAGAGACAAUGGCUUCAAGUGAUGUUAAAAAUGGAAGCUGUGAUGUGGAUGGUAGUUAUGAUACUGAAAAUGCUUCAACAAAGCCCAGUAAACAAACUCCAAGAGAACGUAUUCGCCUUAGCUGUUUGCGUGUGUUGCAUCAACUUGCAGCUAGUACAACAUGUGCUGAAGCUAUGGCCGCAACUAGUGUAGGGACUCCUCAGGUGGUCCCACUUUUGAUGAAAGCCAUUGGGUGGCAAGGUGGAAGCAUACUAGCCCUUGAGACUCUUAAACGUGUUGUGGUUGCUGGAAAUCGCGCCCGGGAUGCACUUGUGGCACAGGGGCUUAAGGUUGGUCUUGUCGAUGUUCUUCUUGGCCUUCUUGACUGGCGAGCUGGUGGAAGGAAUGGACUUUGCUCACAGAUGAAGUGGAACGAAUCUGAAGCAUCAAUUGGACGUGUGCUUGCUGUUGAGGUGUUGCAUGCAUUUGCUACAGAAGGAGCCCAUUGCAGUAGCGUGCGUGAAAUACUGGAUGCCUCUGAUGUAUGGAGUGCCUACAAGGAUCAAAGGCAUGACCUUUUUCUUCCUUCAAAUGCCCAAUCUGCUGCUGCUGGUGUUGCUGGUCUAAUUGAGAGCGAUUCUUCGAGAAUGACGUAUGCCCUAACUGCACCGCCGUCACAACCUUCCAUAGCAAGGUCACCUCCAUCUAUGUCAAAUGGAAGGCAGGACCUGUACCAAUAAUUAAAGAAAAAACAAUAGAAGAGUCCUAUGGUUUCUGUGGAAGAAUUUCUCUGUAUAGGUUUGUAUAGUUUCUUUUCUUUUUUGCCUUUUUCCUCAUUUUUAUGUGGGCCCAAUCUUGUUCAGAUUUUAGUGAAUAUUGAAGCUGAGAUCGGAAGUUUUUGUAUAGUUGUAUCAUUACGAUUACUGUAAAUGGCAUUUUUUUUGAGUUCGUCGUUCAAGUGAUAGGCAAGUAAAUUUAUUCUGUUGCCACCUACCA